CGGUGGUCCACACCGCCCGGCUGGCGACAAGACGUCCUCGCCUCCGGUUCGCGAAUCUUCCUCCCACACCACAAGAAAACUUCACCCGAGAGGCCGAGACGACCGCGCACCGCAAAAUCCCCCCUUGCCGCGGACGGGCAAAAUCGCUCGGCUUUUUCCGGCGCCUCCGCCGCCUCCACCCGUUCGCCCUGGUAACACCGGGUUUUACCCUUGCCCCCCACCCCACUUCCUCUAUCUCCUGUCGCUGCCGCCGCGGGCCGAGCGGGGACGAGGGCUGCUCGGGUUCGCGCCGAUGGUGGGCGACCUUUCGCUCCUGGCCUUCCCCGCCGCCUCUCCCAUCGUCUUUCCGCCAUCCAAGGAGCUCCAUGGCGUGCUGCCGUUCCAGGGGAAGAGGCAGCAGGACGCUGCAAAAGGCGCUGCGAUACAGCUCUGCACGCGGCAGCAGCAGCUCGAGGGGACGCCUUACCAGGGGCAGCCCGUGCAAAUGAUGGUGACCGGCCAUGGGCAGGCCGCCGCCUACCAGGCCUUCGCGAUGCCCGACAAGCCUACCCUCUUAGACGUGCAAGAUUCUCACCGUGACUUGGUUCGACUUAGCCUUGGGAUUGCUGAGCAAUGUGCAAGGCAAGAGAAAAUUCUCAAGUUUCUAAUGUCAGGGUCCGACGUGAAAGAACUUGACGAAUCCAUGCUAGCUGAAUUCACUGGACAUCAGACUCUGGCAAUCAACAUUGGAAGUCAGCCAUAUAUGCUGGAUAAUAAGUUAUCUAUCUAUGACUUUGGGUUGGAUGAGCCCCAACAGUAUCUGCCGGAAAAACAACUUGUCAUCCCUGAUCCUCUUGUGGACUUUGUUCAGUCCCAUGGUUCUGCUCUUACUAUUGAUCAAAAUGGCCGGGUCCUAUUCGCUGGAAAUGGCAAUGAGAUGAGAGACUUACUCUCAGUUUUCCUAGAGUUCAACAUGUCAAAACGAGAAUCAAGUGGCUGCAAGUCUGCAUUUCUAGUCCCAUACUUUAACAGGAAAAGGCGUUCACGGGCUAACAGCCAAGUAUCCAAUUCAAAAUUAGCAAGCACAACAGUUGAUACUUCAAAAAGCAGUGAUGUGAAGUCAAAAUCUUCAUCAAAGAAGAAACAGAGAGGGAAAAACAUCAAAGAACGUGACUUGUAUCAGAAUAACUAUGUACAUGCUAGCGAAGCAUUUUUAUCCAUCCUACUGGAAAAGGACAAAAGCACCUCGACAAUUCUCUCAUUGAAAAAGGCUGGUCCAGAGAUCACUGAACUUUUGACACAAUGCUCUAUUGGCAUUGCCGGAACUGGCUUGGCUAUUCUUCUGUCAGUUGUGUGCAAGAUGGCUAUCGGCAUGAGGACUCCUUUUGCUCCAGCUCCACUGCUGAGCACCAGUGUUGGAUUUGGGCUCUUUUGGCUCUCCUGGGCGGUCAACGGAAUGAGAGACACCAUCACCAGCAUUUUCAGAAGCCCAAGUAACAUGAACUUUGAGGAGGAUGAGGUAGCAGUGAGAAUACAAAAAAGCAUGAACGAAAUUCUCUUCAGAGCUGUAACUCUCUUGGCUAUCACUGCAUUGAAGUUUGCAUGAGCAAUUACCGUACUAUUUUUAGUUUUUCCAACCCAUCUGUGAUAUAUAAUUCACCUUUUUGGUUCAGGAGUACAGUAUUGUGGCAGUACUGCUUCUGUAGGAAAUGAGCUAAGUUGUAAAUUGUACAGAAUUUUACGGGGAGCUUGGUAUACAUGAAAGAUGAA